AUGAAAGAAAAACCAAGAGGAAAGAAUGAGCCCAGAUUGUUUGCAAAAGACAUUAGGCAGUGGGUUAACUCUAACAUUUUGGAUCAUAAGCACGAAAAAGAUACUAUAUAUAAAGGGAAAUUUGGAAGAAAUAGAGACAAUUUGACUACUAAAAACAAACUAUGUGGAAUAUGUAUGAGUAAUCUUGUGGUAUUUGGGCUGGAUUUUUCUCUUAAAUGUUUUCAUGCAGUCUGUUGGUGUUGUACUCUUAGAUUGAGAUAUCUUUUGAAAAACAAAGAGUGUCCAUUUUGUAAGAAUAAUAUAGAGACUCUAUUUUUCACUUCCAAUACAGGCUAUUUUGAACAUCUAAUAGACGACUCUUUUGAAGGAGUUGCAGAUAGAUCUUUAGAGGCUGAGAAACUGGAGGGAAUGAACAGUAUCAAAGCUAAUUUGGGUCAUCCAAAACUAGAGGAGGUUCCUAAAUCACUUUUGGAUGAAAAGAUUGGUGUAAUAUACGAAUCCUUUGCAUGUAGGUGGGUAUUUGAGCGUAUAUUAGAGUACAGAUGCUGGUUUCCAAAUUGUAGGCCCAAAUUUCCCACCAAAGAUUCAGAAAAUUUAGAUAAUGAAUUGAAAUCAUAUAAAAAUGCUAAACUUUUGGGAGAACAUCUCUUUCAAGUUCAUCACGUGAAGUGUUGUUAUGUAUGUAUUGAGAAGAGGAAAACUAUGUUAUUGCCUGAGCACUAUUUGUACGGAGCUAAAGAUCUUUCUCGUCAUUUAAGAAAGGGAGAAAUGUCUUUAAAACCUCCAAUAUUACCCCACAUUUCUUGUCCUAUUUGCAAGAUAUGGUGUUUUGAUAGGGAGGAUUUUUCUGAUCAUGUUAGAAAUGAACACUUUUCUUGUCAGAUAUGUGAAGAAAAGGAGCUUUCUAGGCAAUCAGAAUCUUUUUCUGGUGGUUCUAGGGGCGAAGAAUCUGAAAAUGAUGAAGAAGAGUUAACAAAUAGAGAUGGGAUUCAAGUAAGUAACAGUUCAUCAACCAGAGAAAAUAGGCUUCCCAAGAUUACAUAUGUUUAUAGAGACUACCAUGCAUUGCAAGAGCAUUGGAGGCUAAAACACUAUCCUUGUGACCACGAAAACUGUAUGUUUAUUGUUUUUGAAAAUGAAUCAGAACUGAUAUUUCACAAAGCUACUCAUCAUUCAGCAUUAAACAGAAGAGGAAAUGUCACUGUUCCAAUUGUGUCCAGUUAUAGACAACAAACCCAAAGAAGAGUGGAUCAGAUAACUUCCAACCACCAAAAUUCUGCUCAUACAACUAAUCAACAUGUUAAUACUCCACUAGAUAUCUCUACUCCCUCCUUAUAUGCUAUGGAUGAGCUUAGUAAUGCUAUUCUAGCUAGAAUUAAACAAGAAAAGUCUUUACUUUGGAGAGUUAUUUUGAUUCAUGACCUUAGUAGAUGUAUACAGAUUAUAAGAGAUGAGCUAAUGGUCCAACUAGGACUUGAGGAGAAAUGCAGAGAUUUCAGCUCUUGGAGUCUAAAAGUGAUAAAUGACCUCUUUUCUGGAAAUGAACCAAUGAUUAGAAUCAUACAGAAACUUGGAUCUGCCUAUUAUAAGAAAGAGAUUUCUGCUCAAAGUUUCAUUAUUGAAAUAGUUUCUCUUUUUUGGGGAAACUCCCAAAACCAUUCAAACAAUACAAAUCUUCUUCAAAACACUAAGAAACAAUUCAAAAACAUCUCAGCCUCUCCAAGUUCAUUUAAGAUUUUCUUCUCCCCAGUCCCAGAACCCAUAACCAUAUUUGAAGACUCCCUUAAAGAAAGAUCUGGAAUAUAUAAAAGGAUUCCAGCUCAGCUUGUGGACAGAAUCCUUAUAGAUGAAGCAAAUUGGUCUCUAUUAUACUCGGAUGUCAUUUCGAUGAUAUUAAUUGCAUUAAUUCUGGGACUACCUAAAAUUGAGAAUAGAAAAGAACUAAUUAAAGCUUUAACAAACCUCAAAGAUGAUAUUCAGGAGAAAAAGCUUACAAUUAUCUCUAAUACCAGUUUUCCAAGAUUCUCUUUUGGUAACUUACAAAGUUCUAUAGAAAUAGAAAGGUUCCAUAUUCAACCUCAAGAGAAAACAGAGAAUUAUUCGCAAGAAAAUGUCAAUAAGAAGCAUAUAAAACAGAAAUUUGUUCAUUUUGAAAAGCUUAUUAAACCUGAUGAAAUGCUUAUUUCUCCAAAAGUUACCUUUUUGGAAUCACUAAAUUCGUUUCUCAGUGUAUGCUUCCCUAAGAUCCCUCUUUCACAGCUCUCAGAAUUUUUACCAGAGACAUCAGAGAAAGAAAAGAUUUCUGACAAGUUCAAAAUCCUUAUUGGAUCCCAAACCUCAACUGAAAUCAAUGCACUCUCGUCCUUAUACCAACAUACUAGCAGCUUAGUUUCUUCAGCAAACACUAUAGAACGUAUCCUGGGCCUUAGAGCUCCAUUUUACAGACUAGCAAUGAAUGCUUCUGGUUCUUCAGAUGAAUCCCAAACCCAGAACAACAUUGAAUCCUUGGCACAUAAACAAUGGCUUAAUAUCUGUACUAAAGCAUUCAACAAGAUUUGUAUCUAUGACACCGAGAUUAUCCUUAUAUACUGUAAAGCUUGUGUUAAAACUCUAAAAGAUCCAAAUUUCAUUCUUUUAGAAAGACAGAAAGAAGAGUUAUAUGAGAAAAACAAAGAGGAGAAUUUUUCAGAAUCUGCUCCAAAAACCGUGAAUGCUAACUCUGGAGUAAUAUCCUACUCAAAACCUCAGGCUUCCUCUUUUUCUUCAAACUGCCUGAAGAUGAGCUCUUCUGGAAAUUGGGCUUCGAAGACCUACUUAAGUACCAACAACUCCGUCCCAAAAACUGUAGUAGCUUCCUCAUCCCCAAUACAAUCUAGCUUUUCGCACUCUUCUUUUCCCGCUUCCUCUUCGUCCUCCUCCUCUACAACCAACACUACUACUUCAACGGGAAAGGCAACAAACUAUAUUCAGGCUGUAAAGUCUAAAGAUACUAUAAACAAACCAAACAACGAAAAAGAAGCUAAAUCUAAAGGAAUUAAUGAAUUUCCCGAACUUGUCGGUAACGGUGAAAACAAAGGAAAAGCUCGCAUGCGACCCGAAAACCCCCCUAAAUGGGUCUGCAUGCUUUGUACACACGUGAAUUCAGGCUCUAGAAAUAGAUGCCAAAUCUGUAGUACUAAAAAAUAA